AUGGAUGCCGACGCCCUUGACAACAUGGACGAAUUCUUCGACUUCGCAGCCCUUGAUCAGAACGCAGAUUCUGGAAGCAACCAUUUUCCAAAGCAGCAAAGCGUGCCGUUGAUUCAACCAGAUGAUGUCACGAAUAUCGACUGGGCUGUCGAGCCAGCAGCCCACCAUAGUCCCACGGACGAUUUUCAAUUGAACGACAUGCCCAUGUACGAUGUUAGUCAAUGUUUCUCCACUGGUGGUGUGAGCCAGCAAUGGCCAUCAUCUCACGGAACAGACAGUUUGGUGUCACGCAUGGUUGAGAGAGGUUUAGCUCGGGCAACGGACCAAAGUUGGCAAACAGAUAAACCUCAGCGUAUGGCGGGUUCCAUGACACAUGAUGAGGCAAAUCUCAAUAUUCCAUCAUCAUAUUCACCAUCUCUUGGGUUGAUGCAAUGCAACAACGUUCAUGGCAACAAUGGAGGGAGCCCAGCUGACACCCUGGACUAUCGGCUUGAGCAAUCUGCAUCACAGAUCGAUCGGUCAACGAUACCGGCCAACACCUCCUUCCCUCUGAGCCAGGUACCAAUCAGCUCGGUCGCAGCCCAGCAGGAAGCCUUCAGCGGCACUUGGAAACCUGCAUCAGCCAAACGUAAAGGACCCCAAAGUCGCAUUCCGCUCGAAGCGAGGCAAAUUCUGGAAGAUGAAUUUGCAGUGAAUCCAUACCCAUGUACUUGGGAAUUAGAUAUCAUUGCACAUCAAGCCAAUCUCGACGUGAAGAAGGUUCGCAACUGGUUCAAUAACACCCGAGCUCGACAGAAAUGCGGAGACUCUCAAGUCUCCACACUAGAGUUGUCAGAUCGCAAUUGUCGCGUACUGAAAACAAAACUCUCAAGAGAUAGCCUAGAGAGUCUUGAAAAGCAGGCGAAUGGCGCUAAUCAGCUGCCGCAACCACCUCUGGCAGUAUAUCUUGCACAGUCAUAUCAAGAAGAAGCAGUAGAGUUGUCUCUAGUACAGGCCGCCAUCGAUGAUAAUUCUCUUAGCGAGAGUAACCCGAACGACGGGUGGUCUGACUCGAGGCAAGGCCGUAGAGGCUCUGUCAUCACAUCUGUUGCGUCUUCCGAAGGCACUGCACUGACAACUUAUACGGUUUCGUCUAACGGCAGUCGCGGCAAAACUUCGUCUUUUGGUCGUGAUCGAAGGCGGGGUAGACGUCGGAUGGCUUGGAAAGAGUCACCUCGCCAAGCUAUUAAUGGUGUCAACAGUGCGGGUGAACCCCAAAAGGAUCUUUCUUUCUUCUGCACCUUCUGCCCGCGAGCGUUCAAGACGAAGUAUGAAUGGAUUCGGCACGAAGACUCUGUUCAUGCGCUUCGAACUACCUGGAUCUGUUGUGACACGAAGUCAUCUGAGAUACUCGAAGCCUGUCCAUUCUGCGGUCAGACCCAUCCUGAUGACACCCACAUGGCUGGCCACAAAUAUCAGCAAUGCAGGAGCAAGCCCGAAUCUCAACGGACUUUCUAUCGCCGCGACCACUUCAUCCAACACAUGCAUCAUGUUCACUUCGCUAACAUCAAACACCCAUCGGUACGUGUCGGAUGCCAGGCCCGAUUGUUAGCCGCUCAGGGCCAUUACUUCGGCUGCAAAGAUCUCGCCAUGAAGUGGCGUCGCUUCGGUGCUCCAAUGAAGAAGGACGACCCGAUGCUUCAUUGUGGCUUUUGUGGGAAAAGAUCCAGAGACUGGUCUGAGCGGUGUGAGCAUAUCGCCGAGCACCUCAUCACGCGUGAGCUUGACCGUGCUGUGUGGUGGGGGGAGCGCAAGGAGAACCAUCUGGAGAAUCUAUACUCGACGACACCCUACGAGUCGUUCCGUUGCCGAUACUGCCAGAAAGUGUUUACGGAUGUCAAGGAGAUGAACGAGCAUUCCCAUUGCCGUGUGUGGAGCUGCCGUUUCCUGCGAAGCUUUGACGACGUUGCUGCUGACAAUGCAGGACCACCGCUUUGCCCGGACUUCCCUUCGGCGAAGGCUCACCAUUGCUAUCUUUGCGGUUCCGGCUAUCGCACGUUUCAUGUCGAGCAUGCACAGAACUACCAUCGCUAUCGUUCAUGCAAUCAAGAAUUCUAUACGUCAGAAGAGGCCUUCCUCCAGCAUUUACACAACUUUCACGGCGCUUCACAACCUGCGCUACUGCGAGAUAGUAGCGUCAUUGAGCAGAGUUUCAUGCGUAACAAAGGCGCAUCAUUCGAGCCCGUGGAGUUCAAUGAGAGCUGGCAACCUUGCGUCAUGGAUCUUGAUGUAGCGUCUGUUAGUCCGUUUAUUGCCGACAACGCUGCCCCAACUUUGCCUGUCGGGCAGAGAAAGAACCAAGCUCAAGGACGCAAAGCGCUAGCGAUGCCGAAGAAAACCCGCGAUGUUGUUCAGACUUACGACGCGGAUACGAAAAAGGCACAAAGGCCACGGUCGGAUACCACGGUCUCGAAGGCAGAGACUCAUCACCCACGAUUUUUCCGACUCAGUACAUACGUGCCCUUCCGUUCAUCUCGCGUGUUCUUUUCCCGAUCUGCAAAGCCAACGGAUUUUCCGAAAGAUGAUCAUGCUGUUUUGGAAGAGCUAUCGAAACCGCAUGUUGCUACACUAAUCAUGACCGCGGGCACACUCAGUAUGGCUGCUACCCGUUGGUUCAUUCAACCUAAGACACAUGCGCUUGAUGGUCUGAUAGAGCUCACCAUCGAUAGUGAAGGAGACUCAGACUGA